GAAAGAACAGAAUAGUUUAGCUUCCUGCUCCGGGUUGCAGUGUCGUGUGUAUACCAAAACGGACGAAAUGCUGACCCGGUUGGCCCGGCUCAGACCCAUUUUACCCCCGUCUCCCCUGCACCGAGCGGUCCGGCUCGUGUCGCAGUCGCAGCCGUCCGGCGCUGCCGGCGCGACGGCCGUGACGGAGGUGCCGUCCGCCGCCCAGAGCCACAGCCACGGCGAGGUCAGCCAGUAUGUCAAGAACCCAGACUACCAUGGGUUCUCCAGUGAUCCAGUGGUUGACGAGUGGAACAUGAGGGGCGCCUUCUUCUUUGGCAUCUCAGUGGCACUUGUUAUCGGGGGAACCUUUCUGCAUUACUUACCAGACCACGGCAUGCGGCAGUGGGCCAGGAGGGAAGCAGAGCUUCUGAUCAAGCAGAGGGAGCAGGAGGGCCUCCCUCUCAUGGAGGAAAACUACUACAACCCUGACAAAAUAGUUCUUCCAGCCACUGGACAAGAGUAGGAUGUCCAACAUCCUCCACUUCAUGUAACAUGUAUAAUGUAAUAAAUGCUGUACUUGUAAUUGUGUAAUCCUUUGUGGACAAUAAGUUCUUUCAACAGCAACCUGAAUGUUUAUUAAUUGUUAAUCAAAUGUAAAUCUGCAAUUGUUUGUUCCACAUAUGGCUGAAGAUGCUAUGAAGAAGUAUAAAGCUUGUGUUUUGUUCCGUACGAUGUCAGCUUGAGAGAUUUAUCCACAUUCAUUUCACGCUCUCAAGUAAUCUUGGAAAUGGGUCAACUAGCAAGCUAGCUGCACCUGGGGAGACAAUAUGCAGCAAAAAAUAAAUACAUUUGAUUGAACCUUGCCAUGUGGCUUCACUGAUAUGACAUGUUCAUGUUUGCUGCUGAAGCGUACAGGGGAGGAAAUUAUGUAAAAAGAACACACUGCUGAAUAGCAUAUAAUUCAUAUGAUAAAAUAACAAUGAAAAAUAUAUACGAGUACAUUUUAUCAUCAUUUUCCUUACAAUUUCUGCAUAACUCUAUAUACUCUUCCAAGAAUAUAAAAUGAAUCAACAAAUUAAUUCAAAUGAAAAUUGUAUUUUCCCAGUUGUGCCCACACCACGUCUUUGGGUCAUCCAUAUUUUUCCAUUUGUAAUAUUUAAUUAAACUUGAAUUAACAC